GCCAACUCAGCUGUCCGCCUUACGCAUCGAGUUCUCGAGUUACCCCUGCUCGGUUCGACCUGAUACACCCCCCGGGGCGCCGACACGCCGCCCGCGCCCCGCCGCCGCCGGCCCACGGUCACGCGCCCCGAAAACAAUGCUCCGGCGGUUCCUCGUCGCGAGCCAGGCCCUCGCCGCCGCGGCCAACGUGGCCCUCGCCGAGCCCCCGCGGACCUGCGUCGCCCCGGAGUGCCCCUUCCCGUCGUCGAUCCUGCGCGAGAGCCAGCGGCACCUCGAGAGCGCCGUGAACUACUCGACGUCCAUGGACGUCGUCGAACUGGCGCGGUCCGUCGAAGCCCUCAUGCCCGUCGUCGACGUGCUCGCGUCGUUCGUCGCCAAGCCCCUGCGCAAGGACUCGGGCAACCUGCAGCGGGCGGCGACGUCGCGGGACAUCGUGGAUCUCGAGGGCCUCGUCGCCCGGGAGCGGCAGAUCUCGGGCGAGCGCGAUUCCGUCGUCGCGACGAGCGCGUACUGGUCCUACCUCUUCCUCGACUUCUUCGAGCGGCUGCUCCGGGGCGUCGAGGAGCAGGGCGACGCGGCCUUCGACCCGGACGUGGCCCGGGACGACGGCGCGAACGCCGUCAUCCGCGACUCGGCGCAGCGCGCGUACGACGCGGUCUACGCUCCGCAGCACAACUUCCUCGUCCGCAAGAUCGCCCGGGGCGUCCUCAGCUUCAUCCCCCACCGCGAGCGCUUCUUCGUCGCCUUCGGCACGUCGGGGAGCGACAGAAAGGAGUGGAAGCGCGCGCUCAAGGACGAGCUCACGUCCUUCCUCGGCGCGCUCCGGAAGUGCAACAAGCGCCUCCAGGACCACUUCGCCACGGACGGCAUCCCCGAGAACCUGUAGAGAGAGGGGCGCUUUUGGCCGCUGGACAUAGACCGCAUAAUCAUCGCCGUGUGC